AUGGAUCACGCUCACCACACCAAUGUCGCAUCCGCAGUUACCCAUCAAAAUAUAGAACACAAUAUGCCUGGAAUGGAAGACAGAUGCUCCAUGAACAUGCUUUUCACUUGGGAUUGGAAGAACACCUGUAUUGUAUUUAAAUGGUGGCAUAUUAAGACAGAAACGGGUUUUGUUAUGUCACUCCUUGCCAUUGUAUUAUUGGGAGCAUUAUACGAGUUUGUCAAAGCAUGGUUCAGUAAAUGGGAAAGAAACGAAUUGGCAACAUUGAGUGCUUCCAAUACUUCAACAGCAACACAAGAAAAAAGAUUCAAAAUCAAAAGAGGAGCUUUGUAUGGUUUUCAAGUGAUUUAUUCUUUUUGGUUGAUGUUGGUGUUUAUGACUUAUAAUGGAUGGUAUAUGUUAGCUGUUGGUGUCGGUGCUGGUAUAGGUAACUGUCUAUGGGGGUGUCCCAGUGAAUCCAGUUCAUCGAGAAGUUUAUCUUGCCACUAG